GAACAAUUGAACAUCUGUUCCUCAUGGGAAAUUCUUGUAAAUUGCAAUAAUAAUAAUAAUAAUGGAAACCAAUUCAAAGCAGAAGACAUCCAUUCAUGUCAUGAUUGUCCAAAUACUCAAAUGAAAUCUUCUUACAUGCGCCAUUUUGCUAUCAUACGCGGGUCAGCUCUCAUUUGAAGAUUUCAACCAGAAAAACCAAAUAGUUGGGUGUUUACUUUUCUCCAAUUUGGAAGAUACCCUUUUGACCUCUCUUCAACUUGAAGCAGCCAAGUUGAUGUUCCCUCUUUUGAAGAGCCAUUAGGGCGAGCUCUACGGCAGAGUAGUUGAUAUUCUGGUGUGAAUCUUGGAGGAAACUGUUUAGAAGAAGAAGAAUUAGAGGAGGAUGAUGACAAUGGAAGGGAUUGAAAAAGGGGUUUUGGAUGAUAUAAUUAGAAGGCUGCUGGAAGGGAGAGGAGGGAAACAGGUUCAGCUUUCAGAGGCUGAAAUCCGCCAUCUCUGUGUUAACGCCAAGCACAUUUUCCUCUCUCAGCCAAAUCUACUCCGCCUUAGUGCUCCUAUACGCAUCUGUGGUGAUAUACACGGUCAAUACAAAGAUCUUCUUAGACUAUUUGAAUAUGGCGGGUACCCUCCUUCUGCAAAUUAUCUCUUUCUUGGUGAUUAUGUUGACCGGGGGAAGCAAAGUUUGGAAACAAUAUGUUUACUUUUGGCAUAUAAAAUAAGACACCCGAAUAAAGUAUUUCUCUUGAGAGGGAACCACGAAGAUGCAAAGAUCAACCGAAUCUAUGGUUUCUAUGAUGAAUGUAAAAGGAGGUUUAACGUUAGGCUUUGGAAAAUAUUUACUGAUUGUUUCAACUGCAUGCCUGUGGCUGGACUUAUUGAUGAUAAAAUCCUUUGUAUGCAUGGAGGACUGUCUCCUGAUUUGAAAAGCUUGGAUCAGAUUACGCAACUGCCGAGACCUACUGAGAUUCCUGACAAUGGUCUCCUCUGUGAUCUGCUUUGGUCUGAUCCUGAUCCUAGUAUUCAGGGAUGGGCAGACAGUGAUCGAGGUGUUUCUUGUACAUUUGGACCAGAUCGAGUGGCUGACUUCUUAGAUAAGAAUGACCUUGAUCUCAUUUGUCGUGGUCAUCAGGUGGUGGAAGAUGGAUAUGAAUUCUUUGCCAAAAGACGGUUGGUCACCAUAUUUUCUGCUCCGAACUAUGGUGGAGAGUUUGACAAUGCAGGUGCUUUAUUGAGUGUUGAUGAAUCUUUAGUUUGUUCUUUCGAGAUAUUGAAACCCGAGCAAAAAGCAUCAGGAAGUAGUUCGGGAGUAAUUCUUAAAAAGCCUCCCAAAAUUGGAAGAUCUUGAUUACUUUGAGGAGUGUUCCUUUUCGAUCUUUGGAAGAUGAAAAUCAAGCUCGAGUUGUUUUGGAAAAGGCAGAGUUGUUCAUGCCCUGUACUUCAUAGUUUUCAAGCUUGUAAUGACCUUGCCGGAGGUAUGUCGAUCGAGGCUGUAAAAAUUCGAGUAUGUCCUUGUCCCGGUAGCCGAACAGGUAGUAGAUUUCAGUGGUCUCCAAUGGGUUGGCUAAUUGGAGUGCAGAAGUUGUGUGUGUAAAGAUGGAAGGCAAUGGUUCAGAGUUAUUUUGAAAUGACUUGAAAGAGAUUUGCUUCUUCCAUGGUGAUUAUAAGUGAUUGACUGAAUUUCUAAUUUUAUAAAUAACCUCUUGAAACC